CGCGGGGCGCGCCGACCCUCGCGUCUGGCCGGCGGGGACGCCGGGGUCCCGGGGAGCGGAGCGGCGGGGGGCGCCGCGGCUCACCCGCCCGCCCGGCCCUUCUUCCCGGCUCCCCUGGCCCCGCGCCGCACAGCUUCCGGCUGGGGUGGAUCUCCAGUCCCGGGAGCCCACGAACCGCGGGGGGUGGGGGCGCCCGCCGGGGCGAGGGGACGGCGCGAUGGGGGAGGCGGCUCUGGCCCCCCAGUCGCGUCCUCCCGCCUUUCCUCAGACCUUCCCGCUUUGGAUACCCGCCCCGAUACCCCGCCGCCCCGGGAAUAUAUGGGCGGGAGAGAAAAUCAAGGUCCUGGACUGAGAGGGAGGACCCCAGAAUCCCCCAGGCUGGGGAAGUGUCGCCACACUGGGGGUUCUUUGGGAAAUCCGGGACCGGGGCGUGUGGGAACGACGGGCGGCUCAGAUUAGGGGGCGGGGCGCCCCGCGGGGAGGAAGGACCGGCGAAGGUUCCGCGAACUGGAGGGGGCGAGCCUGGCACACCACAGGUACCCAGUGCUUGGGGGAAGGACCAUCAAGCCUAGAAUCUGGCGUGUUCCUGACCAGGGCCGCAGAAGGUAUAGGGGUCCCAGGCUGAGAUCCUGCAUCUGCACCCUUUGUGGCCCGGGGCUCCGGGGCAGGGCCUGCGGCAGCAGGGGAGGAGCUUACGUCGUCCGCCAGCGGGCUGGAGGCCAGGACCUCUGAGGCCCGACUCAGGGGCUAAUGACUUAGCCGGGAUUAGCUGAACGCUCGCUCCCGCUGGCCCAGCCCCGCCAGCCAGGUCUCCAGCACGUGAUGGCAGAGACCCCCAGCCCCAUGGCCAGGCCUGGGGAGCCUGGUGCUGGGGAGGCCCAGGAGGAGGAGGAAGUGGAAGAGCGGGACGCUGUGAGGUCAAGGGCAGAGAUGCUAGAGCAGGCCCGGGAGCUGUUUCUGCUUUGUGACAAGGACGCCAAGGGCUUCAUCACUCGGCAUGACCUGCAGGGUCUGCAGAGCGACCUGCCCCUCACGCCUGAACAGCUAGAGACCGUUUUCGAAAGCCUGGAUCAGGCCCACACAGGCUUCCUCACCGCUCGGGAGUUCUGCCUCGGCCUGGGGAAGUUUGUGGGGGUGGAGUCAGCCCGGGGCUCACUGCCCUUCCAGGCUCUAGAGGAGACCUUUGAGUCGGGCUGGUCAGAUGUGCAAGGCACUGAGGGCUCCCUGGAAGAAGAGGAGGAGAGAUUCUGCCAAGCGCUGGAGCAGCUAGGGGUGGCCCCGGUUCUGGGCGAGCAGCGAGCGGUGCAGGCGCUCUGGACCCGGUUGCAGCGCGAGCGACCCGAGCUGCUGGGCUCCUUCGAGGACGUUCUGAUGCGCGCGUCCGCCUGCCUGGAGGAGGCGGCCCGAGAGCGGGACAGCCUGGAGCAGGCGCUGCGGCGGCGGGAGAGCGAGCACGAGAGGGAGGUGCGGGGUCUGUACGAGGAGAUGGAGCAGCAGCUACGCGAGCAGCGUCGGCGCCUGCGGAAUCAGGAGCUCCCCCGGGAGGAGCGCAGAGGCCUCCUGGAGCUGGAGCUGCAGAACCGCGAGCAGGAGCUGGAGCGUGCGGGCCUGCGACAGCGGGAGCUGGAGCAGCAGCUGCAGGCCCGGGCGAGCGAGCAGCUGGAGGCGCAGGCGCAGAACGCCCAGCUGUGGCUGGCCAACGCGGCGCUGAGAACUCAGCUGGAGGGCGCGCAGGAGCAGCUCCGCAGACUGGAGGGCGAGGCGCAGGGCCGCCGGGAGCAAGCCCUACGAGAGGUGGUCGCAGUCUCGAGGAACAUGCAAACGGAGAAGCUCAGUCUCCGGCGACAACUGGAGCUCCUCAGGGAGCUGAACACCCGGCUUCGGGACCAGAGGGACGCCUGUGAGGCCAAGCGGCUGAGCAGUGGUCGAAGGAAAGCUCUGGCCGUGGCCCGCUUGCCAGGGUCCACCUGCUGCUGCUGCUGCUGCUGCUGCUGCUGGGCUCGCCUUCCGAGACGUGGCUCUGGCCCCCUUCCCAGUGCCCGCUGACCAUCCCCAAGAGACUUGGAGAAGCCGCCCCUUGAAGGUGGUGCUUUGUGGCUAGGUGCUGCCCAUCCAGCAGACUGCCUCCACGCAGACAUGAAGGAACUAAUGUAGGAGUGCUGAGUCUCAGGUGCCUUCCUGCUGGUCCUCAUCCUGUCCCCAUCCCAUCAAACCCAUCUCUGACCAGCAGAAGAACUCCCUCCUCCUAAUAAAGUCCAUUGACUGCA